AUGAAUCAUGAUCUAGAUUGUAUAAAUGCAAUUGAUGUCUCAGCUGAAGUAGCAGCAUCAGAGCUUUCUGAACUAUGGAUACGGAACACUCAAGUUCCUAGAGUGAUUUCCACAACCGUCCAGAACUUGAUUGCCCAACGCGCAAGCAUACAGGGCGAUCAUCCGGCUAUUGUUGCUUGGGACGGAAAUUAUACCUAUGGAGAAUUGAUCCGUCUGGCAUCAAAUCUAGCCAACUACUUGUCUCAACAUAUUGGCCAACCCUCUGGCAAAGUACUGCCAAUCGUGAUGAGCAAGUCAAAAUGGAUGCCCAUUGCCAUGGUUGGGGCCCUGCUUGGAGGCUGGGGAAUAGCUCCUCUCGAUAUUCGUACGCCAGCGGCUAGGCUUGCCGAAAUUCUGGAUAUCCUUGAUCCACCUUGUAUCCUUACAAUAUCGGAGAGCAAAAUAGCAAUCGAUACGACAGUACCAAUAUUUGCUGUGGACGACCUCGGCCUCGAAUAUCAGCUAUAUAGUGGCGUAGAGCGCCUGGCUGAGAACGCAGCGACAAAUGUUGCGGCUGUUGUAUUUACAUCCGGCAGUACAGGAUCGCCAAAAGGUGUGAUGCUAAGCCCUGAAUGCAUCUCGACUACUGCGGAGUGCGGAUCACAAAUCCUCCAGCUCGGACGGAGUUCCCGGCUUUUCCAGUUUUCCUCGUUCUCAUUCGAUAUCAGCCUCCAUGAGACAUUCAUGACUCUGGUUGCUGGUGGAUGUCUCUGUAUCCCUUCAGAGACACAGAGACUAAAUAACCUCGUCGCAGCCAUCAACACAAUGCAAGCCAAUUGUAUUUGUACCACCCCGUCUAUAGUAAUGUCGGCGCUGGCUGAAGCGAUUGUCUCGACGCCGAUCAAAUUGAUUGUGCUUACGGGCGAGGCACUCACAUCACGAAUUGGCCCUUUAUUUGACAUGGAUGUUUCUCUGUUCAAUUGGUAUGGAGCAACGGAGUGUCCUAUCGUUUCUCUUGCGCCUUUAAUCAAGGAGAACUCGGCAUCUUCGCAGAUCAGAUCUAAGCAUCCCGGGAACUGUUGGGUGGUCCAAUCUGACAACGCAGAUGUUCUCUGUGGGUUCGGCGAGGUGGGGGAGCUGUUAGUGGAGAGCCCAAUGUUGACAAUGGGAUAUCUUAAUGCGCCAGGGCAAACAGAAACAGCCUUUGUUGUUGAUCCCACAUGGCUAACUGACGGUCAUGCCUGUGUUAAGGGUCGACGGGGCAGGCUGUAUAGAACAGGAGAUCUUGUGCGAAGCAACCGAGACUGGACGUUCGAUUAUAUCGGCCGUAAAGAUACCAUGGUCAAAAUACGUGGCCAACGUGUCGAUCUGAGUGCGAUCGAGUUCCGUAUCUGGAAUUAUGUUCAAUCAGGAGCCAUGGAAUCGCCGGUCCGAGUGAGAGAAGUACUCGUUGAGUCGAUAAUAUCCAACCAAAAUACUCAAAAUGCCAGCAUUUCCUGUUUUUUGUGCUUGGAAUGUCAACCCCAAUACUUGCCACAGAAACAUCUAGCCAAGUCAACAAACUUACCAAGUAUAUAUCUCUAUGCGCCUGACCCAUUGUUACAGAACCUUCAAGCAGAGAUUGAUCGUUCCUUACGGGCAGUUCUUCCUGACUAUAUGAUACCAUCUCUAUAUUUCCAGCUGCCUGAAGUACCAUUUACUCCGUCCGGAAAAAUUGACAGAAAACUUCUGCGCUCUUUGACAUUACAGUUAUCCAGUGAUGAUCUGAUGGCAUGCCGUAUUUUUCCACAGGAAGGUUAUGUUUUACCUCACAACGAUACUGAAGUGGCCCUUCAGCGUCUUUGGGCAGAAACUUUGGGGCUGGACGCGGCCGUGGUUCACACAAACAUCAGCUUCCUUCAAUACGGUGGAGACUCUCUUAGUGCCAUUGCCCUCUCUAAGGCAUUAAGGACAGAGUUCAGUUUGAGCAUACAAGUACCGCAACUCCUGCGUCGAGAGACUACGAUUCGACAUCUGGCAACACUGGUGGAGUCACACAAAAAUGGCCAGAUCGUCGAUGGGCCACAGAUGGAUAUAUCGACGAGUCUGGGAGCUUGGGUAACACGGCUUGGAAGUACAUCUAUAAAUCUUCCGAGCGCGGAUUCUCUAGGAAGUCGAGGCUCCCAGGUAUUACUAACGGGCGCGACUGGAUAUCUGGGAACACACAUUUUGGGCGAGCUGUUCAACAACCAUCAAGUGAGAAAGAUCAUCAUCCUAGUACGGGCAGCCAACAUUGACAUUGCCCGAGAACGGGUUCGCAAAGUUGCAGUUACUGCAGGGUGGUGGAAGGAGAGUGCAUUCUCUCGCAUUGAAGUCUGGCUAGGAGACUUGGCCGAACCACGGUUGGGCUUACAAGAAGAAAAAUGGGCAAAGAUGGCCAAUAUCGACAUAAUCAUACACAAUGGAGCUGUUGUCAACUAUAGUGCCAGCUACGACGCCCUAGAAAGGGCAAACGUUGUCUCAACCUUCCAUUUACUAGAGGCGGCUCUCCAGUCUCAACACCUCCGAACUUUUAUCUUCAUCUCCGGUGGCAUCAAACAAGGCUUGCACCAGUCAGAUGAAGAAUAUCUACGAACUCUCAACGAAUCGGAGGGAUACAGUCAGGCCAAAUACGUAUCGGAACAACUAACACUGGCUGCAGGCCGCCUAUACAACGAAGUCGUCCACCCUUCUGCCACACGUGAGGAUGAGAGGGAGCCGGCAACUACGAGCCGAACCUUCAUGGUUAUCAAACCUGGCUACAUCAUUGGCGAUCAAGCGGCUGGCCUUUCUAACACAGACGACUAUAUAUGGAGGUUGGUCGCCGGAGCAGUUCGCAUGGGAUGCUUUCCUUCUGACCCACCCGACUAUUGGCUGGAUAUAGCAGAGGUCACCUACGUCGCAAAAUAUGUAGCUCGCCAAGCGCAACUAGGAAUACCCAAUGGUUCCUCCGGACCUAUGACCCCUCCUAGGUCCAUUCACAGCGGCUGCUCUAGUCCUAGCAGCGAGGAUGAUCGAGAGAAUAGAACAAUGAAGUCUACUGUGGUAUUCCAUGAUAUGAGCCGCGGUUUACCGGUUAGCGAAUUCUGGAAUGCUAUCCAGUCGCAAGCUCAAAUAUCUCUCAAACAAUUGGACUGGGACUCAUGGAUUGGCCAAGCCAAUGCUGACAUUGAUCGAGACAAAGAAGCCCACCCGCUGUGGGCCAUUCAGCUACAUUUGGGGCCGGCCCUUGGCGAUAGAAUAACGGCUGAAGAAGUCAAGAUCAGGUCGACGGAAGAAUUUGAUACCUCGGGCGAGAUUGAAGCGGCAGUCCGACGCUCUGUAGAGUACCUCUGCAACAUCCAGUUCAUUAUCCUUCCGUUCAAAGAGGGUUCUCUAAACUCUUCACACGCUAACUGGAGUUAUCCAUCUAAUAGCGAUACCGACAGCUCCGUAGACGACAAUGAACAUCUGGCACAAAGAAGAGUCAUCGCAGGUGCCCAGGGCAAACACUACCAUACGAUUAUUAGUCGAUCCAAGUUGAGCUAUUGGGCUUGA